AUGGAGUACAUUUCCCCUGAAACUAAUCCAACACCAAACAGCACACGCAUGGGAUGUGAAAGAUAUCUACAGCCUCCGGCAGAGUGGUUAGUGUGUGCCCUGGAGUCUCGGGAAUUACUGGCGCUUUGCUUAAAAAGGUUAAAGGGUCUAAACAGAGUCAAAUUGAUUGAUGCUGGAUUUGCUUGGACCGAGCCUCACUCCAAGAGAAUAAAAGUUAAAUUAACAGUACAGGGUGAAGUAAUGGGAGGAGCGGUGCUUCAACAAACUUUUAUAGUUGAGUUUGUAAUUCAACAUCAAAUGUGUGAUGCCUGCCACCGAUCAGAAGCUCAGGAUUACUGGCGUGCUCUUGUACAAGUUAGACAGCGUACCAACAAUAGAAAAACAUUCUAUUAUCUGGAACAAUUGAUCCUGAAACACAAGGCACAUGAAAACACAUUGGGUAUAAAACCUAAGCAUGAUGGCUUGGAUUUUUUCUAUGCAACUGAAAAUAAUGCUCGUAAAAUGGUUGACUUUGUACAAUCUGUACUCCCAAUAAAAUGUCAACACUCUAAAAAGUUGAUAUCUCAUGACAUUCACAGCAAUAUUUACAAUUACAAGUUUACAUACAGCAUUGAAAUUGUUCCGGUGUCUAAAGAUAGUGUGGUCUGCCUUCCAAAAAAGUUAACUCACCAAUUGGGUUCAAUAUCACCUAUAUGCCUAGUCCUGAGAGUGACUAGUACAAUUCACUUAAUAGAUCCAAAUACAGCUCAAGUAUGUGAUCUUUCGUCUACUGUGUAUUGGAGACAUCCUUUCACUCCUAUCUGCAAUCCAAAACAAUUAGUUGAGUACAUAGUUAUGGAUAUUGAUAUUUUAAAGGAACAUGAAAAGAAAACAUUCCCCGGCCAAGGUGUGCUGUCGAACAAGCAUGUGAUUGCUGAUGUGUGGGUGGUAAAGUCCAGUGAACUCGGACUUGAUGUAAAUCCCAUACAUACAAGGACACAUAUGGGUCACAUUUUGAAACCUGGCGACACUGUCUUGGGAUACAACCUGUGCGACACGAACGUGAACGACGCAAACUUCGACAAGCUGGACCGGGACACUAUACCGGACGUGUUCCUGGUGAAGAAGUAUUACGGCGAGCGGGCGGCGAGGAGGCGCGCGCGCAACUGGAAGCUCAAGCACAUGGCGGAGGAAUUGCACGAGGGGCUCGGUUCCAGUAACGAGGACUACAACGAAUUCUUAGACGACUUGGAAGAGGACCCUACGUUCAGACAGAACAUUAAUAUAUUCAAAGACGCAGAAAAAAUACCAGUGGACACCGAUGAAAUCGAUCCGUCAUUGCCACGUAUCACGCUUGCUGAGAUGUUGGACGAUCUGAACAUAGAAGACUCGAUACAACAUCGCGGUUGCGCUUUCGCUAAAAAUGUAACAUCAGAUGAAGUAGCAGCAGUGUUUAAGAAUUUUUUGACGAAUAAAAAUUUAUCAAAUGUAGAAGUGAAACUACAGGAAGAUAUUUUUGAAAUUCUUCGCAGACCUUAUUACUUGAAGUUUGACUAUGAAUUUCAAACGGAAGUGCGAAUGAGUCUCGAUUGUUUAAUCUGUCGCAGCGCAUUUUCAGCUUUGAUUGAAUUAGUUGCUAAUGAUGCAACCGAUGAAAGCUUAACCAAUUCAAUAUCGCGUAUGUGCUACAUCCUUGGUAUCGAAAGUAUAAAUGUUUGCAAUGGAGCAGUUUCUUUGAACCUGCACAUCAUUAAUUAUAUCAUCAAAAACACUCCAGGCGUGACAUCAAGCAACUUCUGUGGCCUCGUUUUGCAAAGGGCCGAUAAUCCUACCUUCUGCUCAUACGAUGACUCAAGGUUCGAUUGGCAAGUUGAAUUACCUGAACAAAUUCACGUUGAGCCUGUGUCUAUCGAACAGACGCCGCCACUCACGGUGGCUAUCCUAACGGACGCGCACAUAGAUCCACUGUACGAAGCUUUCGGGGUGGCGGAUUGUGAUGAGCCAACGUGCUGUAGGAAAGGGCAAAAACCCGCUACUACAAACUCCCCUAAUAUUCCAUCAGAUGUCGUUGAAAGCAGCGUGCUGAAUACAGACAAAGACAUUUUAUUAGACUUAAGUGUGGCUACGAAGAUCAGAGGAAUGCGGAUGGAGAGCACCUCACGAGACCAAAGUCCGAGAAAUGCUGAGCCGGCAGGUUAUUGGGGCGAUUACAGAAACUGCGACACGCCGAGGUGGGCGUUUGAUGACGUUAUCGAAAGGAUUGCUUCUUCACAUAGCUUCGACGUCGUAUACUACAUCGGAGAUACUAUAGACCAUGGUGUUUGGGAAACUUCGUAUGAACUGAUCAAUGAAGUAAAUUUAUAUCUUAUUGAGAAGAUGAGAAAGAGUUUUGGAGAAAACGUGUUAAUUAUACCAACCAUUGGCAACCACGAAUCACAGCCAACAAAUCAAUUUGCACCACCCACAAUAACCGCACCAAAACUAAACACCACUUGGCUCUAUGAGGCCUUAAUAAAGAAAUGGAAUUAUUAUUUAACCGAUGAGGCUAAAGAAUCUCUACGAGUGCGCGGUGAUUUUUCAAUAUUAGUUAGACCCGGCUUAAGAGCUAUUUCUCUUAAUACCAACUUUGCCUACAAAUACAACUGGUGGCUGGUGUAUGAUCCGUUGGAGGGUAAACGUCAUUUAGAUUGGCUCGUUCAAGAGCUGCACAAAGCAGAAUUGGCGGGCGAAAAGGUUCAUAUAUUGACCCACAUACCGCCAGGAGUACAUGACUUGGCCUAUGUGUGGACUAGGGAAUAUGCUCGAAUUGUAAACAGAUUCUCAUCGACGAUUGCAGCAGAAUUCAACGGACACGUGCAUUCGGAUGAAUUCAAAAUAUUCUACAGCCUAACAGACGAUAGACCAAUCAAUGUGGCGUGGGGUGCGGGCAGUGCAACGUCGUACACAAAUUACAAUUUAAACUACAAAAUUGCCACGUUCAACAGUAGCACGUUUGAGCCGCAGAGCAUCGUAAACUACGUCUAUAAUUUGACAGAGGCAAACUUGACGCCCAACCGUCGACCUCACUGGUUUCAAUUGUACGAUAUGAAAAAUAAUUUUGGUGUAAGCGAUUUAAGCGCCAAAUCUAUGGACGCCUUAGUCCAUCGAAUGGUUACAACAAACAAGAACUUAUUGGAUUUGUACUCUGCAUAUUUUUCAAAGCUAAGUGACACAAGAUGGCCGUUUUGUGACGUAAACUGCAAGCUGGAUAAUCUGUGUAAAAUCGUAACAACCGUUCUGUGGCGGAGAGAAAAAUGCGACGAGCUUCGUAGGCUAUUUUAUUCAAAC